CAGGUGAAGAAUUUGAACUUUAAUUUUAAAAAUUGGAUUAAAGUAAUAUCUAAAGGAAUAAAAAAAUAAUAAUUUAAUAUCCCUUAAGGAAAAAAAAUCCUAAUUUGCUCAUAUGUGUUACAAUAACACCUUCUAAACCAGCUAAUAAAUUAGUUGUUUUCUCGUGCAGGUAGUAACAUCAUAGUAUUCAAACAAAAUAGCCAUUUCUACAAAUUCCUUCAGUUAAACAAGAUUUUAAAAGCAUAAAAUGGGCCAGUGACAUUCUCACUGGAAAAUUCUGACUAAAACAGAAUAGCCAAAUAGGUGUUUUGUCUUACCACAAUGAUUGCACUGGCUAAGCCAUAUUUGAUAUGGAAGACACCUGGCAUUUGAAAAACAAAAUUGCAGUAUCUAAAUCACCAAUUAAGAAAAAAAAUCUUUAUAUAAAUUAAUGAAAUCACAUAAAGAUUCCAACAACAUGAAUCGGUAACAAUAAGUUAGAAGUAGAUUGAAAUAGUAUUCCUGGGCCAACUUUGUCAUGUUAGAAUAACAUUUUCCUUUGAAUUCACAGGUGCCUAAGUCCUGUAUGUCCAUACAUGCGUGUGGACUCUAAAGAGGUAGUUUAUUAAACUUUAGUUUAUUAUGAAAAAAAAAAAAAUUUCCCCCCUGAUUUACAGAGUUGCACUGUAUUAAAUUAAGCACAAAGAUUUAUGAACAUGCUUCAUCUACUACACCAAUUUUUCUCCUUUAUUUCAAAUGGAUAUCUUGAAAUUUUAAAUGUAUAAACAAAUAUAGGAUUAGGACCUUUUAUAUUAAGUUGCAACAAAGGUAUAUAAUACAUAUUUUCAGAGCCUGGUUUACUCCAUCUCCAUUAAAUUUACAUGAGCAUAUAUACACAUUAGAUAUAAGUAUUUCCAGUACUGAAUUACCAUAUUCUCCAGUGCCAUUUUCAUUUCUGUACUUUCAAACACACUUGUAAAUUGAACUUUGAUUCAUCCAACAUUACAAAUUUAAUAGUUAGGCUUGAGGGAUGCAUUUAAAAUCUGCCUUAAAGACAGACCAUUAUACAGAAAAUUAUAAGACUGAAAAAUUCAAGUGCAUUGGUGUAAGAUAUUAUCUCUUUAUCCAUCCAGAACUUAAAGGGUGUGUUUAUGUCACAGGAUAUUUACAGCUAGUUGUGUCCAACUGCAUGACUGAAUCCUGAAGUCCACAGAUGAGCAAGGCUUCCUUUAAACAUCAAAGGAUUUUUGUCCAAGUAUUGAGCACACAUUCACAGCAGAAGCGAGUAUGAGAAGACAUAGUUAAAUCAUUAAAUGUAAAUGCUUCUUCACUAUUAUCCUGUGGUAUGAUUAUUCAGUUUUGCCUGUACAGAGGAUAAACAAAAUCUUUCAGACUAGGACAUUCUCUUUCUCCAUACAGUCCUUCACAACCCAGAAUUAAAAUAUCUCCAGUAAAUCUCGUGGUGGUGGAGAGCAUCAACCUCCAGCAUAGGACCCUUCACCUCAACAUCUGCAUUUUUCCCCGUGCUCGUCCAAAAAGGUUGUUUUUAAAAGCCACUCCAGUUCGAUAUGUCCACCUGGAAAUUCCUCACCCCGACAUCACUUUCAGCAUCGGGUGUUUCAGUUCCUGCGACACAGCCUCUUAAAAUCCACAGAGAAUGACAGUAAACAGUGUCCCAGGUCUGCCACAUCUCACUCGCUGGGCCGGAGGGGGACUGCCACCUUUGUGGUUUCAUUGUAAGGCGCGUUUUUAAGUAUGCCUCCUGCGAGGUGGCAUUUUGCAGUCCUCCUCCCCACCAUCCUCAAGGAAGACAAAAAUAAACCCAAAACAUGUUUUUUUUUUCAACGGUCACUUCUUCACGAAUCGCUGACUGCCUUCCUCUCAGCGCAGGUCUGAGCGUAAACUCCGAUCACGUUUCGCACACCAGAAGGGAAAAUAAAAUAGAAACUCAGGCGGCAGCCGCAGAGGUGGGGAUGGGGAGAGACAACCGCGCAGCAGAAAUUCAGUUGUGCCCGCCGCCGACAAGCGCGGCGAGACAGAGGGAGUCUCUCCAGCUGCGGCAAAGCCGGGAGGGGAACGACGCGGAGCAGCGCAGUGGCGACAGCGGAAGCGGUGCUCGCUGACCGAGCGAGAAGGAGGCGGUGAAGGGAAGGGGGAGGCUGUUAGUGUUUGGCGCCGGUGGAGGGAGUCAUUCCUGCAGCUGCACUUCCGGUCGGCAUUUUGUUCUGAGAGGGAGCGAGAAAGACAUACACACAGGAUUCGAUCCUUUCCUUUUCCCUCUUCCUCCUCCUCCUUCUUGCUUCUCCUUUUUCCUCCUCCUCCACCUCCCCCCCCACUUCUUCCCCCUAUCCCCUUAUCCCCCCUCCCCCCCCCCCCUUCUCGCUCGGUACCGACUCACCGUGCCUAGGCUGUCCCCUCCCCCGUCCUCCUGCACUCGCACGCAGAGCGAGCGGCGGCCUCUUAGCAGCGCUGUCCCCCCCCCCGCUCCCGUGCGGCUCGGACUGUGUCUCGGAACCGGUUCGGCCCAGCUCGGCCCAGCCCGUGUUGAUGUUGUGAAGUAGAUUUGGGGGAAGGGAUUUGUCUCGGUCGCUCACCCCCCAGCUCUACAUGUUCGCUGCACUGAGGAGACGGAAGAGGAGCCAGCCCCCCUCCCGGCCCGGAUUAUUGUUGUUAUAUUAUCUCCUCUCCUCCUGCUCCGCGGCGGCGGCCUAGCGGCGACGGCUCCUCUGAGGAGGGAGGGGGGUGGAAUUCUCUCUCCCUUUCUCGGAUUCUCGUUGGAUUCAGACGCCGAUUUGCUCAGUGCUUGGGAGAUGGGAAGUAAUGAUAGCUGGCACCUGAACUAAAAUAUCUGUGAAGGCACUAUCAUCCCAGAACUUCAGGAUGAAUGGGGAUAUGCCUCAUGUUCCCAUCACUACUCUUGCAGGCAUUGCUAGUCUUACAGACCUUUUGAACCAGCUGCCUCUACCAUCACCUUUACCUGCUACAACAACAAAAAGCCUACUCUUCAAUGGACGGAUAGCUGAAGAGGUGAACUGCCUGCUGGCUUGCAGGGAUGAAAAUUUAGUUUCACAGCUCGUCCACAGUCUCAAUCAGGUGUCAACAGAUCACAUAGAAUUGAAAGAUAACCUUGGCAGUGAUGAUCCAGAGGGAGAUAUACCGGUCUUGCUGCAGGCUAUCCUGGCAAGGAAUCCUAAUGUUUUCAGGGAGAAAAGCAUGCAGAACAGAUAUGGGGUACAAAGCGGGAUGAUGAUGUCAUCGCAGUUUAAUAUUUCUCAGAAUUCCAUGCGUGGUAGUCCUGCAUCUUCCAAUUAUCAACAAACCACUAUCUCACAUAGCCCUUCCAGCCGGUUUGUGCCACCACAGACAAGCUCUAGUAACAGAUUUUUGGCACAACAGAAUAGUCCAGUGCCUAGUCCAUAUGCACCUCAAAGCCCUGCAGGGUAUAUGCCAUAUUCACAUCCUCCGAGUUACACACCACAUCCUCAGUUGCAGCAAGCUUCAGUGUCCAGUCCCAUUGUCACAGCUGGGAUGAGGAAUCUCCAUGAAAAUAAAAUUUCAAGUCAGUUGUCUGGAAAUUCAGCUAAUCAUCAUGCUGAUAAUUCUAGACAUAGCUCAAAUGAAGACUACCUACAGAUGGUGCACAGACUAAGUAGUGAUGAUGGCGAUCCUUCAAUAAGGAAUGCUGCAUCUUUUUCCUUGAGGUCACCACAGUCAGUCUGCUCUCCAGCUGGAAGUGAUGGAGCCCCUAAAGGAUCAAGACCACCUUUAAUCCUACAAUCUCAGCAUCCACCUUAUUCAUCACCUAGAGAUGUUCCCCCAGACAUACUGUUAGAUUCUCCAGAAAGAAAGCAAAAGAAACAAAAGAAAAUGAAGUUAGGCAAGGAUGAAAAAGACCAGACUGAAAAAGCUGCAAUGUAUGAUAUCAUUAGUUCUCCUUCCAAGAACUCCACUAAGCUUACAUUAAGACUCUCUCGUGUAAGAUCUUCGGAUAUGGACCAGCAGGAUGAUAUGCUUUCUGGUUUGGAAAACAGCAGUGUGUCAGAGGGUGAUAUACCUUUUAAUGUGCAGUACCCAGGACAGACUUCUAAAACACCCAUUACGCCACAGGAUGUUAACCACCCACUAAACACUGCUCAGUGUUUGCCGCAGCAUGAACAGACAGCUUUCCUUCAGGCACAAGUGCCUGUUUUACAACAGAACACUUCAGUUGCUGCAAAACAGCCUCAGACUCCUGUGGUACAGACACAGCAACAGGUUUCGCAACAAGGAACUAUAACGUCAUUUGAUGAAGUAGAAUUGGAUGCAUUGGCUGAAAUUGAGCGGAUAGAACGUGAAUCAGCUAUUGAAAGGGAGCGAUUUUCAAAAGAAGUGCAAGAUAAAGAUAAGCCUCUGAAGAAGCGAAAACAAGAAAACAAACCACAGGAGGCUGGGGGUACUACCGGAGGAAACAGACCAGCUUCUCAGGAGACAGGUUCUUCAGGAAAUGGGGCAAGGCCAGCGUUGAUGGUUAGUAUUGAUCUUCAGCAAGCAGGAAGAGUGGACUCUCAGGCAACAGUAACUCAGGAUUUGGAUGCCUUCAAAAAAAAUGAAGAAAUUAAGCAGUAUAAUGAUGGGUUUGUGUGUGUUCCCCAAGAAGACACUGUUGGAGUUCUUAAACCUGAAAACCAUCCUGAGAUUUUUAGGAAAAAGGCAGACUUUGAGGGUCAAAAGACAGAUAUCCAGCAAAAUGAAAACAGACAAAUGGAAUUUGAGCAAAAUGAGAACAGAAGGUUGGAAAGUACACACAAUGAAAACAAACAGGUAGAAACUAAAUAUGAAAGCAAACAAACAGAGCUGAAACAAAAUGAGAACAGACAGACAGAGUCAAAACAAAAUGAGAGCAGGCAAAUGGAGAUGAAACAAAAUGAAGGAAAACAAAAUAAUGGCAAACAGGAAAUAAGGCAGAGGCCUGAAACGCCAAAACAGAAGAGCGAAGGCAGGCCUGAAACACCAAAACAUAGACAUGAUAAUAGGAGAGACUCGAGUAAACCAUUGUCAGAUAAGAAAAUUGAAAUACCUAGGCAAAAACCAGAUGUGAAAUCUGAUCCUUCAAGGAUAAAAUCUGAAAGUAGAUCAGAUCCAGCAAAACAAAGGCCUGAUGGGCGUUCGGUUUCUGAUACAUUGAGACGUGACCAUGAUAGCUUUAAACAAAGAUCUGAGGACAGGGGGGAGUCAGAGAGAUACAGAGGGGAUCCAUCCAAGAUUAGAAGGCCUGAGUAUUUGAGAUCCUCAAACAAAAAUGAAUAUGAUUCUAAGCAUGGUAUUAAACCUGAUGGUUCAAAAACUGAGAAAUUUGAAAGGAAACAUAGACAUGAGUCUGGUGAAUCAAGGGAAAGGUUUUCUUCUGGGGAUCAGAAAUCAAGACCUGACAGCCCUCGUAUUAAACAGGAAGGUAGAGGAGAUUUUAGUAAAUCAAGACCUGAAAAAACUGGUUUUAAAUCACCCAACAGCAAGGAUGAACGAAAGACAGAUGGUAAUAAGAGUAAACUUGAUAGCAAUAAAGCACAUGCUGAGAAUAAAGCAGAGUUUCCCAGUUACUUGUUGGGGGCAAGAUCUGGUGCACUGAAACAUUUUGUCAUUCCAAAAAUCAAGCGUGAUAAAGAUGGCAAUGUCACUCAGGAGUCAAGGAAAACUGAAUAUAAAGGUGAACAGAAGGAUAAAGUAGAGAAGAUUGGGCUAGCUGAAGAUCUAAAUAAAGGAACUAAACCUGUAGUUGUCCUUCAGAAACUUUCUUUGGAUGAUGUGCAGAAAUUUAUUAAGGAUAGAGAAGAUAAAUCAAGGGGCUCGUGUUUUAAACCUAACAAGAACAAGUCAUCCAAAUCUAAUAAAGGUAGCAUAGAUCAGUCAGUGUUAAAGGAGUUGCCUCCUGAGCUCCUGGCAGAAAUUGAAUCCACCAUGCCACUUUGUGAACGUGUGAAAAUGAACAAGCGCAAACGUAGCACAGUUAAUGAGAAACCAAAAUAUACUGAAAUCAGUUCUGAUGAAGACAAUGACAGUGAAGAAGCUUUUGAAUCUUCUCGAAAAAGACAUAAAAAGGAUAGAGAUGAAACUUGGGAAUAUGAAGAACAUGACAGAAGAAGUUCUGGUGACCACAGGAGAAGUGGUCAUUAUCAUGAAGGAAGGAGGACUUCUGGUAGUGGCCGUUACCGUAAUCGUAGUCCCGAUGACUCUGAUAUGGAUGAUUAUUCUCCUCCUCCUAGUCUCAGUGAGGUGGCUAGAAAAAUGAAGAAAAAAGAAAAACAAAAGAAAAGGAAAGCUUAUGAACCUAAACUAACACCUGAAGAAAUGAUGGAUUCUUCAACUUUUAAAAGGUUUACUGCUUCAAUGGAAAAUAUUUUGGAAAAUCUGGAAGACAUGGAUUUCACAGCUUUUGGCGAUGAUGAUGAGAUUCCACAGGAAUUGCUACUGGGAAAACAUCAGCUUAGCGAGUUGGGUAGUGAAUCUGCAAAAAUCAAGGCAAUGGGCAUUAUGGACAAGCUUUCAACAGAUAAAAUGGUAAAGGUCCUGAAUAUUUUGGAGAAGAAUAUACAAGAUGGAUCAAAGCUUUCUACGUUACUUAACCAUAACAAUGACACUGAAGAUGAGGAGAGAUUAUGGAGAGAUCUUAUUAUGGAGAGAGUGACAAAAUCUGCUGAUGCUUGUCUUACUGCUAUCAAUAUUAUGACAUCGCCAAAUAUGCCUAAAGCCGUAUAUAUUGAGGAUGUAAUAGAAAGAGUUAUUCAAUACACAAAAUUUCAUUUGCAGAACACUCUCUAUCCUCAAUAUGACCCUGUAUAUAGAGUGGAUCCUCAUGGUGGUGGUGUUUUAAGUUCAAAAGCAAAACGCGCUAAGUGUUCCACCCACAAGCAAAGAGUUAUAGUGAUGUUGUAUAACAAAGUUUGUGACAUUGUCAGCAGUUUGUCAGAGUUGCUAGAGAUACAGCUUCUUACUGAUACAACUAUUCUUCAGGUAUCAUCUAUGGGAAUAACACCUUUCUUUGUAGAAAAUGUCAGUGAGCUACAGUUAUGUGCCAUCAAAUUAGUGACUGCAGUGUUCUCCAGGUAUGAAAAACAUAGACAGCUAAUACUGGAAGAAAUUUUCACUUCCCUUGCGAGACUACCAACUAGCAAGAGGAGUUUGAGAAACUUCAGGUUAAAUAGCAGUGACACUGAUGGAGAGCCUAUGUAUAUUCAAAUGGUAACAGCACUAGUUCUGCAGCUUAUUCAAUGUGUUGUGCACUUACCAUCAGCAGAAAAAGAGUCUAAUUCAGAGGAGGAAUUGAACAAAAAAGUGGAUCAAGAUGUGCUUAUUACUAACUCAUACGAAACAGCCAUGAGAACAGCACAAAACUUCCUUUCUAUUUUCCUUAAGAAGUGUGGUAGUAAACAAGGGGAAGAAGAUUAUAGGCCACUGUUUGAGAACUUCAUUCAAGAUCUUCUUUCCACGGUCAAUAAACCAGAAUGGCCAGCUGCAGAGUUGCUCCUUAGCUUAUUAGGAAGGCUAUUGGUUCACCAGUUCAGUAACAAAUCAACAGAAAUGGCUUUAAGAGUUGCGUCACUUGACUAUCUUGGAACUGUAGCUGCAAGACUGAGGAAAGAUGCAGUCACUAGCAAAAUGGAUCAAGGGCCUAUAGCCAGAAUCCUCAAACAGGUUUCAGGAGGAGAAGAUGAAAUUCAACAGCUACAAAAGGCUUUGCUAGAUUAUCUCGAUGAGAACACAGAAACCGAUGCAUCAUUAGUGUUUUCUCGGAAGUUUUAUAUAGCUCAGUGGUUCCGUGAUACAACUAUGGAGACAGAGAAAGCAAUUAAAUCUCAGAAGGAUGAGGAUUCGUCUGAAGGAACUCAUCAUACAAAAGAUGUUGAGACCACAGGGAAAAUCAUGCAUAGAGCAGAAAGUCGGAAAAGGUUUCUUCGUAGCAUCAUUAAAACUGCUCCAUCUCAGUUCAGUACAUUAAAGAUGAAUUCUGAUACUGUGGACUAUGAAGAUGCAUGUUUGAUUGUUCGCUACUUGGCCUCUAUGAGGCCAUUUGCCCAGAGCUUCGAUAUUUAUUUGACACAGAUUCUGCGUGUACUUGGUGAAAAUGCAAUUGCUGUUCGAACAAAAGCCAUGAAGUGUUUGUCUGAGGUUGUUGCUGUAGACCCCAGUAUUCUAGCCAGGCUGGAUAUGCAACGAGGUGUUCAUGGACGGUUAAUGGAUAACUCCACUAGUGUACGAGAAGCAGCUGUGGAGCUGCUUGGCCGAUUUGUGCUCUGUCGUCCUCAGCUUGCUGAGCAGUAUUACGACAUGCUGAUUGAAAGAAUAUUGGAUACUGGUAUCAGUGUCAGAAAAAGAGUCAUAAAGAUACUUAGGGAUAUCUGCAUUGAACAACCAACAUUUCCCAAAAUUACAGAGAUGUGUGUGAAAAUGAUUCGGAGAGUCAAUGAUGAAGAAGGCAUUAAGAAAUUAGUAAAUGAGACAUUCCAGAAGCUCUGGUUUACUCCAACUCCACACCAUGACAAAGAAGCAAUGACCAGAAAAAUUUUAAACAUCACUGAUGUGGUUGCAGCUUGUAGAGAUACAGGGUAUGAUUGGUUUGAACAGCUUCUUCAAAAUCUGUUGAAGUCAGAAGAGGAUGCCUCAUAUAAACCUGUGAAGAAAGCCUGUACUCAACUUGUUGACAAUUUGGUUGAGCACAUCAUUAAAUACGAGGAAUCUUUAUCAGAUUGCGACAACAAAGGCGUGAAUUCUGGUCGCUUGGUUGCUUGCAUAACCACUUUGUACUUAUUCAGCAAAAUCAGGCCCCAGCUAAUGGUCAAACAUGCCAUGACCAUGCAGCCAUACCUCACCACUAAAUGUAGUACCCAGAAUGAUUUCAUGGUGAUCUGCAAUGUUGCAAAAAUCUUAGAGCUUGUAGUGCCACUAAUGGAGCACCCAAGUGAGACCUUCCUUGCCACUAUUGAGGAAGACCUCAUGAAACUCAUCAUCAAAUACGGCAUGACGGUUGUUCAGCAUUGUGUGAGCUGUCUUGGCGCUAUUGUGAAUAAAGUCACUCAGAACUAUAAAUUUGUGUGGGCCUGUUUUAAUAGAUACUAUGGUGCGCUUUCAAAAUUAAAAAGUCAACACCAAGAAGACCCCAACAGUACAAUACUUACUGCCAAUAAACCAGCACUCCUUAGAUCACUUUUCACUGUUGGAGCUCUAUGUCGGCAUUUUGAUUUUGAUCAGGAAGAUUUUAAGGGCAACAGUAAGGUUAACAUUAAGGAUAAAGUACUUGAACUGCUGAUGUAUUUUACAAAGCAUUCAGAUGAAGAAGUACAGACAAAAGCCAUUAUUGGCCUGGGAUUUGCAUUUAUACAGCAUCCAAGCUUAAUGUUCGAACAGGAAGUAAAGACUCUGUACAACAGCAUUCUUUCAGAUAAGAACUGUUCAGUAAACUUAAAAAUCCAGGUGUUAAAAAACCUUCAGACCUACUUGCAAGAGGAGGAUACACGUAUGCAGCAGGCAGACAGAGAGUGGAAAAAAGUAGCAAAACAGGAAGACCUGAAGGAAAUGGGUGAUAUUUCCUCAGGGAUGAGUAGUUCCAUCAUGCAACUAUAUCUCAAACAGGUCCUUGAGGCUUUCUUUCAUACCCAGUCCAGUGUACGCCACUUUGCUCUAAACGUCAUUGCACUGACAUUAAACCAGGGUCUCAUCCAUCCUGUUCAGUGCGUGCCAUACUUAAUUGCUAUGGGCACAGAUCCAGAGCCCUCUAUGAGAAACAAAGCUGACCAGCAGUUGGUGGAAAUAGACAAAAAAUAUGCUGGGUUCAUUCAUAUGAAAGCAGUGGCUGGUAUGAAGAUGUCUUACCAGGUGCAACAGGCGAUCAAUACCUGCCCAAAGGAUCCUGUAAGAGGUUUUAGACACGAUGAAUCAUCCAGUGCAUUGUGUUCACACCUAUACUCUCUGAUUCGAGGAAACCGUCAACACAGACGAGCAUUUUUAAUUUCUUUACUCAACCUCUUUGAUGAUACUGCAAAAACAGAGGUGAAUAUGCUCUUGUACAUAGCAGACAAUCUAGCAUGUUUUCCUUAUCAAACACAGGAAGAGCCACUGUUUAUAAUGCAUCAUAUAGACAUUACACUAUCAGUUUCUGGUAGCAACCUACUACAGUCAUUUAAAGAGUCUAUGGUGAAAGACAAAAAAAAGGAAAGAAAGCCUUCAUCAGACGAGGAGGCUGAGAGUGACAGUAACAGUGGUAGUGAGAGUGAAAGUGAAGAGGAAGCUUCUAAGCCUCGGAGAUUACGGAAACGAGUAGACUUUGAUUCAGAUUCUGAUGAAGAAAAUGAUAUAAAUGCUGUGAUGAAAUGUUUACCAGAAAAUUCAGCUCCUUUAAUUGAAUUUGCAAAUGUGUCCCAAGGCAUAUUAUUACUUUUGAUGCUGAAACAGCAUUUAAAGAACCUCUGUGGAUUCUCUGAUAGUAAAAUUCAGAAAUAUUCUCCAUCUGAAUCUGCAAAAGUUUAUGAUAAAGCGAUAAACAGGAAGACAGGAGUGCAUUUCCAUCCAAAACAAACUCUGGAUUUUCUGCGGAGUGAUAUGGCUAAUUCUAAGAUCACUGAAGAAGUGAAGAGAAGUAUAGUAAAACAGUACUUAGAUUUUAAGCUCCUUAUGGAACAUUUGGAUCCUGAUGAAGAGGAAGAAGAUGGAGAGGUGUCAGCUAGCACAAAUGCUCGGAACAAAGCAAUUACUUCACUGCUUGGAGGAGGCAGCCCUAAAAACAAUGCAGCUGAGACAGAGGAUGAUGAAAGUGAUGGGGAGGAUAGAGGAGGAGGCACUUCAGGGGUGAGGCGGAGGAGGAGUCAACGUAUUUCGCAGCGUAUUACUCAUUGAGAAGGUCAAAACGAAAUUCAGACUCUGCGGAGUUGGCUUCACAGAUGAAUGAAAGUGUUGAUGUCAUGGAUGUCAUCGCUAUUUGCUGUCCAAAGUACAAAGACCGACCACAAAUUGCAAGAGUAGUACAGAAAACCAGCAAUGGCUUCAGUGUUCAGUGGAUGGCAGGCUCCUACAGUGGCUCCUGGACUGAGGCUAAGCGCCGUGAUGGCCGCAAACUGGUGCCUUGGGUAGACACUAUUAAAGAGUCAGACAUUAUUUACAAAAAAAUUGCUCUAACGAGUGCUAAUAAGCUGACUAAUAAAGUUGUUCAGACUUUGCGAUCGCUGUAUGCUGCCAAGGAUGGAACUUCCAGCUAAUGAAUUUGUACAUGCAGCCAAAUUUGCAGGAAUUGAAAUUACACAAAAACUUGAAAUAUCAACUUUCUGGAAACAAACAAACAGUUAAAUGAAGAGUAAGAAUGGGACCUGGGACACAGGAAAAAAAAAAAAAGCAGGAAAUGUUUGGUAAACAUUUUUGUGGGAGCUUCCUUCGCUGUUGUGCAGCAGAAACUUCUCAGUUCAUUUUUACUCCCACUGUAUUAUAGUUUAACAAAAAAAAAAAUGUUUAUAUCUUGAAAAAAAAACAAUUUCUGUUUAAAAAAAUAAAUAAGUGAAUGUUGGAAAUUAGUCUGUUAAUGUUCUUAAUAAAGUGUUCUUGAAGUUUAACCUAGCAGCGGAUGGCUUUCUUUAGCUUAGCCCAGUUUCCAGGAAAGCAUUGUUUUUCCAGGCUGUAAAAUGGCAGAAUCUCCUGGAUAUAUAAUUUAUUCUGUUGAA